AGAAAAUUUAACGAUGAAUUUUUACAAAUUAAUGUUGAGGCAGUAAACAUGGAAAUGAGUAAUGAAUUGACAAUAGAGCAGUUUUUUGAUAUCAGAAUGCUUGAACGAAAUCAAGAAGAGAUAAUUGAAAAUGAUCAAAUUAUUAAUCCUCAAAGACCUACCAGUAAUACUAACAAAGAUUGGUCGGUUGAUGAUAUCUUCUUCCAAUAUAAUACUGCGUUUGAAUAG